ACAAUGUCAGAUGUCAAGAGGUGAAUAGUCUGUGUUUUGUGUUCUAACGUGUGAGUGACAGUUUUUAUAUUGUUUGGGAUUUGGAGCGAUAAACAUAUCGGUAUAACGAGGUGGGAUGACACAGUGUUCGACUAGGUCAACACUGAAGACGUUCGGGAAAUAAUUAGUUGGAGUGUUUGAUAAAAGUGCGUGGGUGUUCCUUAUGACAAGGACUGAGUAGUUGGAACGCGCGGUUGUUAUUGUGUCGGUGGGUCGCAGAUGCGGUUGUGAUUGUGUAGUGUAGUGGUUACUGUCAUGGUGACGUCAUGGCGCGCGCUGGCGCUGCUGGCGGCGCUGCACGCGUGCGUUGCGCUCCCGGAGCCGGUGUACCACGACCAGUUCGCGGUGCACGUGCCCGCCGGCCCGCACCACGUCGAUGACAUCGCUAGGAGGCACGGCUUCUAUAAUCAUGGACAGAUUGGUUCGCUGAAGAAUUACUACUUGCUGUCACACCAUGAAGUCCGCAAGCGAUCCACGGAGCCGAGUCACGAACAUCAUAAAAAAUUAAAUGACGAACCACAAGUCAGAUGGUUCGAACAGCAAAGGGAAAAGCGGCGUAUAAAGAGGGACUAUUCCCCGUACGAUCGCGCAGCGUUCUCGCAACUGUCACGCAGGUUGCAACCCCAUCGCCCGCACUAUCGGGCACUCACCUCUUCACCUUUCUUUCCUGACCCCCUCUUCAAGGAACAAUGGUACUUGAAUGGCGGUGCCAAGGAUGGUCUGGACAUGAACGUGGCUCCCGCUUGGCAGAAGGGCUACACAGGAAAGGGAGUCGUCGUCUCCAUCCUGGAUGACGGCAUACAGACCAACCAUCCCGAUUUGGCACAGAAUUAUGAUCCCAACGCGUCUACAGACAUCAAUGGCAACGAUGAUGAUCCAAUGCCUCAAGACAACGGUGACAACAAACACGGCACGCGAUGUGCUGGCGAGGUUGCUGCAGUUGCCUACAAUCAGUACUGCGGGGUAGGCAUUGCCUACAACGCGAGUAUUGGUGGCGUAAGGAUGUUGGACGGUGUCGUCAACGAUGCCGUCGAAGCCAGGGCUUUAGGCCUCAACCCAGACCACAUCGAUAUUUACAGCGCUUCCUGGGGACCUGAAGACGAUGGAAAGACCGUUGACGGACCAGGACCACUUGCUAGAAGAGCAUUCAUCUAUGGAGUCACUAGUGGUCGUCGCGGUAAAGGGUCCAUAUUCGUAUGGGCAUCAGGAAACGGUGGAAGACAUACAGACUCUUGUAAUUGUGACGGCUAUACGAACAGUAUAUUUACGUUAUCUAUUUCUAGUGCUACUCAAGGUGGUUAUAAACCUUGGUAUCUAGAAGAGUGCUCUUCUACCUUAGCUACUACGUACAGUUCAGGUACCCCUGGACACGAUAAGAGUGUCGCCACCGUUGACAUGGACGGCAGGUUACGGUCCGAUCACAUUUGUACAGUAGAACAUACAGGUACCUCGGCCUCCGCUCCUCUCGCAGCUGGUAUUUGCGCUUUAGCCCUAGAAGCAAACCCUGAACUCACAUGGAGAGAUAUGCAAUAUUUAGUUGUAAUGACAUCUCGACCUCAACCCCUUGAAAAAGAAGGAGGUUGGAUUAUAAACGGAGUCAAGAGGAAAGUAAGUCACAAAUUCGGGUACGGUCUGAUGGAUGCUUCUGAAAUGGUCAGUUUGGCAGAACAAUGGGUGUCCGUACCUCCCCAACAUAUUUGUAAGUCACAAGAAAUUAACGAAGAUAAGCAGAUAGAAUCAACAUUUGGUUACACCCUAUCUACGCAUAUGGACGUUAAUGGGUGCAGUUCUACAGUUAAUGAAGUGCGUUAUCUUGAACAUGUUCAAUGUAAAAUAUCGUUAAGGUUCUUCCCUAGGGGUAAUCUACGUAUACUUUUAACAUCUCCAAUGGGUACUGUGUCAACAUUGCUGUUCGAAAGGCCACGCGAUGUUGUUAGUUCGAACUUUGAUGACUGGCCCUUCUUAAGUGUUCACUUCUGGGGUGAACAUGCCGAAGGUAGAUGGACGCUACAAGUAGUAAAUGCUGGCAACAGGCAUGUAAACCAAGCUGGCAUACUUAAAAAGUGGCAACUUAUUUUCUAUGGAACAGCAGUUGAUCCAGUACGAUUAAGAACAAAAAGGCCAUCGCCAGUAGCGCCGCCUUUUGCUUUCCCCACCGCCGCAGACGGCUAUGAAACUAUCGGGGAUUCUUUUUACAACACUGACGCGUUUGCCAACUAUCAAAACUUUCCAAAUCUAUUCGCCGCCGGGUCAGACCCGGAAAAGGCGGUAGCUCGCCUCGAUGGACAUAACGUCCCUUCUCCGCAUGGGGAGAAUGUCCUCGCUGAUAGUAAUGACAAGCGCGUCAUGCAUGACUGUGAUCCCGAAUGCGAUUCUCAAGGAUGCUAUGGAAAAGGACCUACUCAAUGUAUCGCGUGCAAGCACUAUCGUCUGGACGACUCUUGUGUUUCUCGUUGCCCUCCAAGAAGUUACGCUAAUCAGGGUGGAGUGUGCUGGCCGUGUCACGAGUCUUGCGAGACUUGCGUAGGACCGGGGCAGGACUCGUGCUUAACUUGUGCCCCAGCACACUUACUAGUCGCAGACCUUGCUGUCUGCUUGCAACAAUGUCCAGACGGUUACUGGGAAGAUAGUGAAGCUUCCGUUUGCCGGCCAUGUGCGGCUCACUGUGCCACCUGUUCCGAGCGAGCUGAUGGUUGCACGUCUUGUGAACACCAUCUCGUGCUUCAUGAUGGAACAUGUAUGGCAUCGUGUCCGCCUUCUCACUAUGAGACUGAAGAUGAUAUGUGCGCAAAAUGUCACGAAUCCUGUGACACUUGCCAAGGCCCCGGGGAAACGCAGUGCGUGACCUGUCAUCCGUCGACUUAUGCAUUAGACGGGCGAUGUGUUACGUCAUGUCCUCCAGCGUAUUACGCCGACAAAAAGAGGAAAGAGUGUAUGAGAUGUCCCGUUGGUUGCUUAACGUGCACGAGUGCGUUUUGCCUCUCGUGUGAAUCGAACUGGGAACUUAAUAAAAAAGGAAAAUGUAUGCCUGUGGGCAGCGAUAAGUGCAGUGCAGGUGAAUUUGCAGUAGAUCAGAAAUGUAAGAGAUGUAACCCGGCUUGCGAUUCGUGCUAUGGUGAAAACGAAGGGCACUGCCUGACGUGUCCGAAUCCCAACUUACUACAGGAUUACAAAUGUGUACCAGAAUGCAGUAAAGGUUACUACGCCGAGGCUGGUCGUUGUGCACGGUGCAUGCACGGGUGCUCGGACUGUGUGUCGCGACUGAACUGUACCUCGUGCGUCAGCGCUCUGCGAUUACAGUCCGGAGCCUGCAGGACUUCAUGUGCUGAUGGGUAUUACGCGGACCGCGGCACGUGUUCCAAGUGCUAUCUGUCGUGUCGGACGUGCAUCGGGCCGAGACGAGACCAGUGCGCUUCGUGUCCUGAGGGAUGGAGGCUGGCCGCUGGAGAGUGCCAUCCGGAGUGCCCACAAGGUUUUUACCAAAGUCUAGGCGGUUGCCGCCACUGCCACCACUACUGCCGCGAGUGCGACGGCUCCGGUCCGCUCCACUGCAAGUCGUGUCCUCCCCGCUUUAUGCUGGACGGUGGGCUCUGCAUGGAGUGCCUCGGGUCUCAGUACUAUGACGCGACUAGUGGCACGUGCCGCAGCUGUGACGCAAGUUGUCGAACGUGCUCCGGUCCCGGCCAGUUCAGCUGUUCCACGUGCUCCAGGCCGUUGAGACUUGACAGGUUAAACAAUCAGUGCGUGCCAUGCUGUUCAGAGCGCGGUGUCACCAACUCUACGCCAUCGACAGACUGUUGCCAUUGUAAUCCUGACAACGGCGAGUGCAUAAACUCGUCGGUGGCAGGCAAGCGGCGUAUCGCGGAAUGGGGCGCGUUGCACACCGCGCCGAGCGCGCAGUCCGCACCCAACGCGGCUGUUGUGACACUCGCGGUGUGCGCGGCGGCCGUCGGCCUGUUCAUUGUAGUACUGGUUGUGUUACAGGCGCAUAGUCCUCGCGAUAAGAAGACGAGGAAGACGAGUGCGCGCGGCGUCGAGUACUCCCGGCUGCCGUACACGGACGUUGGCGUCACCGUGCUGACGUCAUGCACGGACCAGGAGCGACAGGUCGAGUGCGAACACGAACCACUCCUCGAACAUUCCACAUCCACAUAG